AAAACCAUGUCUUCACAAGCCUCUACACCUUCUUCUCCAAGAUCAAUAACAGAAGUUUCUUCUCGAACAAUGUUGGACGUUGUUAAGGAUUUUGAUACAGAGGGGACUCCAUGAAGGUGAUAUUAAAAUUCGAAAGUUGCAUAUCGUGAUUUUCUUAACAGAAGAAAAGCUUGAGCGUUAUGGAAUGAAAGGAGGGCCGGCAAUAAGACUUGUAAACUUCAUCGAAGCCUUAGUCAGAAAUUAUGAAAUUAUUCCUCGCUUAAAACUCUUGAUGACUUAAAGGAAAUGUUGCAUAAAAAUAAAGUGAAUGGGGAAGUCAUAACAAGCAUCAAGCAAUUUACUCCUGUCUUCUGGUAAGGCGUUUGAACACUGUACGGAGGACAUUAUCUUAAACUUUCGAACGUAAAGACCAUGACCGAUGCUAACAAGGCGAUGCGUUGUGAAUUUAUUUCAGCUAUAUUACAUGCAUCUAUCGCUAUAGCUAAAAAUCUCACCUCCCAAGAUAUAUUCAUAGUUUUACAAAAAGACGUUUUUGGUGAAGAUUCAACAGGCCGAGACUACGUGAUCAAAAGUUUGGAAGACCUCCUAUGUGUUGCUGAAGGGAAACCACGCAAUAUUAAGAUUGGAUAUGCCCAAGUACUGUUCACCUUCUCAGUCUAUUGGCUUUGAAAUGGCCGGAGGAAGAAAACUAAAGGAUGAUGUAUUUUAUCUCUUAGAAUCUGGCAACUUGAGAGUGCAUUUCAGACAAAUAAAUGAAACGGACUGUGGAUCAGGCAUUUAGAAACGACUAUUUUGAUUACAUCUAUGGUAUUGUGACCACGAGUACGGAGUGACAUUUCAUGAAUUACUUCGAAGCAACGUAAAAAGGAUAUUGUCGGGUUGCUGAAGGAUUAUGUUAGUGUAGAAGCAAGAGGGCUAGGAUCAAAAAAUUUAUCAAAAAAUAAAAUGUACUACAGCUACGUCCCGAGCUUUGUAUU